UGUGUGACAAGAACUUUUCUGAAGUGACCUAUAGUUAUUUUGGUCAGACCAUGUAGCUGUUUAUGAACUUGGACGAGAUGCGGCAUGAGGACGCACCCCGAGCCUUUCAGGCUCCUGUUGACGUUCACGCCAGCGCAGAUGGACAGGUCUACAUGUUCAGGGGAAGAGCAGAAGAGCUGGAGACCUCCUCGGAUGACGAGGAGCUCAACGUCAUAGAGCUUCGUCCACGUAGCCGUGACUUUACCUCACAGGGUCGAAACGGAGCAGGAGAGAUGCUGCUGCUUGAAAGACACAUAUCACAUGAGGAUAAUCUCAACAAACUAGCACUGCAGUAUGGAUGCAAGGUAGCGGACAUAAAGCGAGUAAAUAACCUCAUAAAGGAGCAGGACUUAUAUGCACUGAAGUUCAUUAAAAUCCCUGUAAAGAAGCACAGCCUGCUGACUGAGACUAACUCCGAGCUCCAUCAUCCUCAGCAAAGAUCUUCCUCUAGUGCACUAGGAGCUUCUGAUCAGCUUCAGAAUUCAGCAACAGCAGAUUCCUCAUUUAGUUCUCAAGUCCAACAAUACAUGGACUUCUUCAAAGAGGUGGACAAUGACAUUGAGCAACUGAUCCAGAGCACAGAGACUCAGGAGGAAGCAUUCACACACGGCUCUGAUGGAAGUAAAUCGUGGGGAUUUAGAGGCCAACGUCUCAUCAGCUACGGUGCAGACUGGGGCAUCCGGUGGUGGAACGCUGUUAUUGCUAUGCUAUGUAUUGCACUGUACAGCACUGUAUGCAGUGUUCAGGAUGUGUUCAGGAGCUGUUUUUAGUUGCCUACAUUGUUUGAUUGGACAUUGCAAACGGUUCUUAAAAAUUAAAGCUGCAACAUUACGCUUA